AAAAAACUUACAAUUGAAGCAAAUAAUAAUAAUUACAAUUAGUUUAUUAUUAUUGUUAUUAUACACCAAAUCACUUGAUUGAAAUCUACACAAAACAAUAACUCCGAUAAAAAAAUUAUUUGAAUAUUAAAUUACAAUCAAAAAUUACAAUUGAUUGAAGAUCAAGAUAAAUUUUCAAAUAAAAUGAGUAGUAGUCGUAGAUCACACGAUCAGCACCGGGAUCAACAUCACCAGCACAUGGCUCACCAUCAAUCGGCUGCUUCAGCUGUUGGCGGUCCCCAUCACACCAACCAUAGCGUACGGCCCAAGGAUUACGUAAAACACCAGAACAGCGGCAGCGAUAGCGACGUCGAACUACAGGAAAUGUCCGGUUUUGCCCGUUUCUGUUUCGGGCUUAUGUGGUGUUUUGCACAGGUAGGCAUGUGGGGUGCCGUACUAUUGCUACUUUAUUGGAUGCUCAAGUUUGAUAAAGGGUUUGCCUGGCAACACGAUCGCCGAAAAAUGUUUAAUCUGCACGCAUUUCUAAUGCUAACUGGCUUUAUAUUCAUGAAUGGACAGGCAAUGCUCAUCUAUAAGACAUUUUUGUGCUGCAAAAAAAUCUACAAUAAGAUCACUCAUACCAUCUUUUUCCUGUUGUCCAUCUCAUUGAUUACAUUUGGUUUGAUUGUUGGUAUUCAAGCCCAGCAUAUGGGCCAACUGGACCUACCGACCCAACACUUCUACUCGAUUCACUCGUGGAUCGGUUUGGCCACUGUUGGUCUCUUUGCUCUACAGUUUUUGUUUGGUUUCGUCUCGUUUCUGGUACUGUUGUGCUGUGAAAGGGCUACCGCCGGAUACCGGGCCACUGUACUGCCCACCCAUCAGACAAUGGGCAUCACUAUCUACAUGUUGGCAAUUGCCGGCUGUCUCACUGGACUAUUACAAACGGCAUUAAAUAGAUUGAGUGGACCGGCACCAUUGGAACCGGAGAAACACGACUACAAGAGCAUUAUGAACCCAAUGAACCCCUUCCUGAACCCCUCUAUGGUCAUCAAUAUGGUGGGCGCCUGUCUCAUAGCACUGGCCAUUAUAAUGCCUUAUAUUAUUCGUAAUUUUACUCAACGUCGAAAUGUUGCCUCUUUUAGUGUCAACUAAAUUAUAUAUAUA